CGUGCGAUAUUUUCAGUUUCGCUCAACUAAUAAAUUGUCGUUGAUGACAGCGUUUAAUCAGUUCGUUACCGACUUUCACUCAGACAACACAGCUCGUGUUUCAACACACAAGAUCAUUCUACCAAUAAGCGGCAAUCUAAAAAAAACCUAACGUGUGGCGCGUGGACCACAUUUAUUGUUUUUGAACUAAAAUUUGUUGAACCGGCGGUUUUUAUGGGUGUAUUAACUCUUUUAUAUCAAUCAAAAAAAGGAUAUUGUUGUUUUCGCAUGUAAAUCUGAAUUCAAAAGUGUGCUGCAGUGAAACCAAAAAAAAAAUAUUUAAGAAGAACAAACAAAAAGUUGCCUUACACCAACAGUAAACAUUCUUGCAUCAUUCAAAGUCCAACGCGGCACUGACACCGUAACGUUUUAAAUAGAAUGUUGAAACUGAUUUUAUUGCAAUUGACAAUCCCCACUCCAAAUAAACGGACUACAAACGGAUAGUGAACGAAACAACAGCAAAUUCAAAACCACCCUCAACAAUCGGCUAUAACUCGAAUUUAUCUCAAAAGUUAUACUACACAAUUCAUUAUUCAGUUGAACGUUGCAGUGAACGGACGUUUAAAGCUUGCUGCUCACUGGCACAGUCAAUACGGAAACGUGUCGGAACGUGUUUGCAACUCUGUGAUUUUAAAUUUAAUAAGAAGAUAGAAGAAACGAGAAUCGUUUUUUUUUAAAUCGAGUGAAUUACAACCAAUUUAUCAAUAUUUUAUAAUUUAAAAAUAAAUCAACCAAAGAUGUACUUCCAAGGUCAAUUUCAAUAUGCAAUUUGCAUAGAUUUCGUUACAACGUGCUGGGAUCAUCGAAAUUUUUCACAAGCCGAUGCUAUUGACAGACAAGAAAUUAUCGAAUUCCCAGCCGUGUUAUUGAAUCUACAAUCUCAUGUAAUCGAAGCCGAUUUUCACACAUUCGUUCGGCCAACUGAGGAACCAAAGCUGAGCGAAUUUUGCAAAGAUUACACGGGCAUUUCACAGGAUGACGUUAACAAUGCACCAUUGUUGCAAGAGGCAAUUCGCAAAUUUCAUCAAUGGAUCGAAAGUUUUCGAUUCGAAAAAGGCAUCGUAUUAAUGGAUGAUGCAACACGCAAACAAAAUACCGUAUUCAUUACUUGGACUGACUUUGAUCUCGGAAUUUAUUUGCCCACCGAAUGCGGACGCAAAAAUGUUAAAUAUCCAUCAUAUUUUAACAAAUGGAUCGAUCUACGAGAAUACUAUAGUCUGUGGACUGGCAUUGAUCGUGUGAUUUCGUUUCAAUUUGCUUUGAAGAUGAUUGGUUUGCAAUUUUUCGGGCGACCGCAUUCGGGCGAAGACGAUGCUCGAAAUUUAGCCCGUUUGGUGUGCAAAAUGAGUCGAGCCGGCAUUGAAUUGUUAAUCAACAGUGAUGAAUUCAAAAUUUCAUCAUGAGUCAAUAUUAAAAUUUAAUUUUAAGAAAUCAUAAUUUAUGACUGAAAAUAAAUAUUGGCAUAAGUAUUUCGAAUCAGUUAGGUUUAAGAUAUGAUGAAUUGAUGUGAUAAUUUUAUUUUAAAUGUUUACAUCAUUUUUAUUUGUUAUCGAUAUGGUGAUAAUGUUUUCCGAAAAAUAUGUUUCAUUCUAUUUGUAUGUUGAGUGUCCCGAAACGAGAUACGGACAGAUUUCACACAUUUUCGAUUUAAGAAAAUUACAUUUUUCAUGUAAAGUUUAGGGCAUUUUUAAAAAAAAUUCUUAAUUCCAAUUCCAAGAUCAUGCAUACAAGACUAAGAUCUUUUUAACAUUUUCCAAUUGGAUAAAAAAUAUAUCUAUAUUUAAGUGUCUGAACUGAUUAGGUGAUACAAGUAUGUUUAUAAAAGUCAACAAAAUUGAUAAUUGUUUUAUUUUUAAGUACACACAAUUUUGAUAAAUCGAUUUAACCAAAGUCCAA